GUCCAUACAUACAUGUCGGCCAUUUUCCCAGCGACAGCAGCGGCGGCAACCACAGCAACAACGGCAGCUACAUGUCCAGCGACAACAGACAGUAGCGACAACGACGGGACAGCAGCUAGCUACAGAAGCGAUAGAUAGAUAGCAGACAGCGUGGGGUGGUGGGCCCGAAGACACGAAACAUGGGGGACCCUUCCCCGGCGCCCGCUGACGCAGCCUCCAUCCUCGCAACCAUAACCGGCAUCACGGAGGCGGCCAGGGACUUUGAUAAGACGACCACCGACUGGGACGGCGGCCUCCUCGGCGCCCUCACCAUCCUCAAAAAGUCCGGCGACCUCACCAGGGACACCAAGAGCGGCGCCGCCGUCGCCGAGGCGGCAGCCCCCCUCACCGUGCCCGAGGCAGAGGCCAUCGCCGCCGCCUUUCGCGAGCUCGCCGCCGUGCUCAGCGGGGCCAUCGACACGACCAUUGCCGCGAAGCCACGCUUCCAAGGCAUACGGUUCCUCGGCGGCUCGGCCGUGGGGAAGAUCCUCGACGGGCUGCGGAGCGCUGCGGUGGCGUUUAAUGAUGCCGUCACCGCCAAGACGCCGGCGGACAUGGUCGAUACCGCGAGGUCCAUUUUCGAGCAGAUUGAUGGCCAUUUCGUGAGGGGACUGGCCGUGUUUCCCGUUGCGGGGAAUGCAACACUCGAUAAGAAAGGAUCUUAGUCAAGUCUGAAUAAAAAAAAGGUCACAUCAUGCAAAGUAUUAUAGCCUCCCUGGGACUCCUAUACGCGCACACAUACUUCGCAGCCAAGGAUCGCCGCCAUGUAUUACUUAAUAUAGAC